UUGAAAAACGCGAAACCCAAACUUUCCCUGCAAUGUGAAGUAUGUUCACUUUAAUUGGAAAAUGUGUGUCCUACCUUUUGUCCCUACUAGAGAGCCCUUCGAAGCAUCUCGCUUUAGAGUCGACUGUGCAGGACGAGUCGGACGUCGACUUCAGCAGUACAGAGACAGGCGCGACAGAGAUCCGGCGUGGCCAGAUCACGCAUCUGAGCCCCGUGGGACAAUACGGACUUGUGGACGGGGAGCUUUACUUUGCGCUCUCCUCCGUGGAUGCUGCCGAAGGGGACGGAGAAUUGCGUGUCGGGGCAUCUGUCAGGUUGCUCAUCUCCAAAGGAAGCACGGUGGCCAAGGCAGUGCACCUGAUUCGCUCAGAAGCGGGAGUUUGUACGAGAACGCCCGAAGAGGUCCUCGUGGCAAAGGUGACCAGAGUCGAUGGUCGGAGGGGACGACUGGACGGCAGGAGGCCAUUUCAAUUGGCAGAUGGAUACACGCCAGAAUUUGCGCCCCAAGCGGGCGACUGGGUACGCGUUCAUUGGGAGUCCAAAGACAUCCAGACUGUGAUCGCUAAGAUGGUUCCGUUGCGGGUUCGGGACUUCGUCGGGUCCGUCACCCAGCUCAACUCGAAGGGAGGCGUGGUCGACGGACAGGUCAGUUUUGAUUCAAGUGCGUGGAAAGGAGGAAAACCCUUUGUCGGGGCCUCUGUUUCGGUAUGCGCCCUUGAAAGUGAUCAGGGGCCGUUCACAUGGAGGGCUCUCAGAAUGAGUCCAGUGCAACGGGAGAAUAAAAAAAUGGACCCUGUAGCCACCAGUCGGGACCCCGAACAGGCACGAUCGCUGUCCCUGUGCGAUGGGGUUGACUUUGGCUGCGUGAUGAUUGGAGAGAAGCAUACUUUAAGCGUGCCAAUCAGGAACUGUGGAGAGAACGUGUUGCUGCUGACAGGCUGUGAAGUGAACUCGGACGGCCGCUUGCAUCAAGUUCAGAUAGAAGGCGCGACUGCCGCCACAAUGGGACCUGGAGCUGAAUUUGUCUUGCAUGUCACUUGCAAUGCUACGACUGCGGGGCGUAGCAGACAGCGUCUCGUACUGAAGUUUGAAGGCUUCCGAGUGGAGCGCGACAUUUUCUUAGAAGCACAGCACCCACUGGAAGCACAAUUGCCCCGCAGUGUGCACAGGGAAAGGCAAUUGCAGCAUCGUACGGCACAGUCGUCCGACUCAUUUGUAGUGCCGGGGCGCGCUCCUGCCCGGACCCGUGGUCGUCUGCCAGUUAGCCUACCCCAAUUCCCCGUCAGCGGAGAAGCCAGACAGCUUUCGACCAGUGGUCGGCACGCCCACCGUUACCUUCAGCCCUUGGGAAUGCACAAUUAUGUGGAACAUUUCCAACUUCUCCUCCAUCUGGAAGAAAUCCAACGGCAGCAAGACUUAGACCGGUGUUCCCUUCAAGAGGUAGUCCUACAAGCUGAGGCAGAGUUCCUCUGCUUGCAUAUCGGCAGUGGGUUGGCUGAAGGUCGGCCAUCGUUGGCUGUAGGAGACCGUGUGCUUCUCGAGCAAUCCAAUUGUCCUGGGCCACGCUAUGAGGGCUUUGUCUUCCAGGUCUUGCAAGAGGAUGUACUGCUUCAGUUUGAAGAGAAUCUCCAUAAACGUUGUCUUCAAGAACAGCUCUACUGGAACGUCUCCUUUCGGCUAAAUCGCACACCCCUGCGACGGUGCCACAUGGCUCUCCGAUUGGCACGUCCCUUUUUACGUACCGUGCUGUUCCCAAAGACAAAAUUUCAGAGAGCACGAAAGGCAAAUGCCGUGCAGUGGACGCCCAUCCAGGAUUGCGUGAACCAGCAACAACGGACGGCUGUGGAAGCCAUUCUACGAAUGGACAGCGUUCCCCUUCCGCACGUUGUAUUCGGACCUCCGGGCACAGGGAAGUCGGUGACAUUGGUCGAGGCACUCCUCCAAGUUAUUUUACGGCACAGCGACACUCGCGUGCUUGCCUGCGCCCCAUCGAACAGUGCAGCUGAUCUCUUGGCAGUGCGCAUUUGGGGAAGUGGCCGCCUCGAGGAGCACGAGUUUGUCCGUCUGCUUUCUUACCAGCGAGACAUUGAGGACGUUCCCGAGAGUGUUCGACACGUCUGCCUCACUCCAGAUGACCUCGAACGUGCCGCGAGAUGUCGUGUGGUGGUGUCAACCGUAGCCACUGCAGGUGCCAUGUUUGGCCUGGGCCUCUCCGGUGGCCAUUUUAGUCACGCGUUUGUGGACGAGGCUGGUCAGCUGACAGAACCAGAAUGCCUGAUCCCGCUCGUCCUGGCACAAGGUGGACAGGUGGUACUCUGCGGAGACUCUCUGCAAUUGGGUCCAGUAGUGAGAUCCCGCAUUGCUUGCGAUGGAGGUCUCUCAACCUCUCUCUUAGAGCGGAUUUUAACGACGCCUCCCUAUGCUUCAAACGGAACUCGGCGAGAUAUACGCUUGGUGACCAAGCUGGUGGACAGCUACCGGUGCCCCGAGCCACUCCUGCGACUCUACUCGAAGCUUUUUUACGCUGGGGAGCUGCGUAGUUGUUUUGUCUCUCGGGAGACGAACGAAGAGUUUCCUGUGGUCUUCCAUGGGGUUCGAGGUCAAGAGCAGAAGGAACUCUGUGCUGGACCAUCAUGGUUCAACGCGGCCGAAGCGCUUCUGGCUGCACAGUACGUCCAGCAAGCCUACAGAACUCGAGGGCUCGUGGCGAAGGACGUUGGAGUCAUAACACCGUACAGGAAGCAGGUGGAAAAGAUACGACUCCUAAUGAACUCUCUAGGGUUAGAAGUCUGCAAGGUUGGAUCUGUGGAAGAGUUUCAGGGUCAAGAACGACCAUUCAUUAUCAUCAGCACGGUGCGCACGACGGAGGAAGACCUACGCGAAGAAGGGCACUUUGGUUUCCUGUUCAACGCCAAGCGCUUUAACGUUGCCAUUAGCCGGGCUUCCCGACAUCUGGUUGUACUCGGGGACCCUCGUCUCUUAGUAUACGACCCCCACUGGAAAGCACUCAUUGAUUACGCCAAAGACAACAACUCCUGUGUAGGCUGCGCGACAUCACAAACAGACAGUGUUAUCAGAUAAGCACAAUAAAGUUUUAUCCUAUA